UCCAUUUCCGCACGCCUCGUGCCGGACCGUUGCUAUAUAUUAUUAGCCGCGUUGCUACACAGCUGAGCGUUUUGUGCUGCGAAAGCGCGUCGAAAAGGAAAACGGUGGGGAGAAAAAAAAGUGGAUUUGCGGUAGUUUCACCGCCGGAUUUUACAGGUUUUCUAUCGCUUUGUUAACUUUAUUUACGAACUCCUUCAAAAUGGAGAACGAGAACAAAUAUCUCCCGCAGCUGCUGGCGGAAAGAGACAGCCUGGAUUCGUCCUUCAUACACGCCAUGAAACUUUUAUCUGCAGAAAUCGAGAGGGUUCAGAAAGAUGAGCCAGAAAAAGACAACGAAACCUACUUGGAUCUCUUCACAGCAAAGAAUAUCAAACUGAAGGAAAGAGUUCUUAUUCCAGUCAAACAGUACCCAAAGUUUAACUUCGUUGGGAAGAUUCUUGGGCCUCAAGGGAACACCAUUAAGAGACUGCAAGAGGAGACGGGCGCCAAGAUCUCAGUACUGGGCAAGGGAUCUAUGAGAGACAAAGCAAAGGAGGAGAGCUUGAGGAAAAGCGGUGAGCCCAAAUACGCCCACCUGUCCAUGGAACUCCACGUGUUCAUCGAAGUGUUUGCUCCAGCGCCCGAAGCGUACAUGCGCAUGGCCCAUGCUAUGGAGGAGGUUAAGAAAUUCCUCUUCCCUGACAUGAUGGAUGAAAUUUGUCAGGAGCAGUUUAUGGAGAUGGGAUAUCUAAACGGCAGCCAUGAACAUGCCGUCCGAGGCAGGGGAGGCCCGAUGGCCAGGGGGCGUGGAGGACCCCCACCACCCAGGGGUCGAGGCAUGGCACCAAUGCGUGGCGGUGUUCCGCGUGGUGGUCCAGCCAGAGGUGGAGCAGUGAGAGGAGCUCCAGCAGGUCGUGGAGGACCACCAGCUCAACCCGGCAGAGGCGCCGCUGCUAACAGAGCGCGCGCUCCUGCCCCAGGAUCACAGAGGAUGCCUCCUCCACCGCGCCCUCCUGCCCAGGAGUCUUACGAAGAAUAUACUUACGAUGAAAGUUACACGGACUCGGGCUACGAAUCUUACGACAGCUAUUACAGUCAGCCACAGGCAGAACCAGAGUAUUAUGACUAUGGACACGGCGAGACACAGGAAAGCUAUGAGAAUUAUGCUCAAGAUGACUGGAACGGAACACAGCGUGCUUCUGCCAGCGGGAAAGUAGCUGCUCAGAGACAAACAAAGGGAGCGUACAGGGAGCACCCGUACGGACGAUACUGAACUCUCAACAAGCACAACGUCAUCACCCAUAAUGUCCCAUCAUGACGACUGUCUCCCACGGCAGCUCGCUCUUUAAGCAACCUGACAAAAGUAAUUGUCCGCCUUUCCGUUUCGCAUUUCUGCUCUGGACAUUUUUUUUAAAAAGGAAACCUGAAAAAUCAGCAACUGAAAGCAUCGGGACUCGGUCGAAAGUUCACAACAGUUUGAGGGGAGGUUUAGGUAUUUAAAAAAAAAGAAAACAGCCUGUUCUUAUUUUCAGUUUUAUACUCCUAAUCUCUCUCUCUGCUUUAAUCUCUGCUUUUUUGCAUUGUUAGUUUUUUUUUUUUUUUUUUUUUCUUCCUUUUUUUUUGUCCUCAUUGCUUUGGUAAAAUAUUUAAUUGAAGAGAUAAAGCCUGAAUUGUUGAUGAGUUGCAGAUUCCCAGUAGGCUACAUUUCAAAAUUCUGCUCAAUAUUAGGAAAUCAAAAAGCCAUUAAACCAAAUCAAUUAUGUAACAUAAUGUAAAGGAGCAUUAAUUAAGGAAAGGAAAAAAAAAAUCUCUUUAACGAUAUUGACGACAAUUGAUUAUUUGUUUUAAAUAGUUUUUAAAAGAUGUACGUUCAGCUCUAGGUUUCAAUAUUUGUUCCAUGAUAUUUUAGAGUUUUGAAAUAUAGCCCUAAUAGACACUGUCGAGAUGGACUGUCCUCAAAUCCUUAAUUUGUUAAAAUAAGUUAUGGCUCUUCAAAAUCUGUUCUGUAAAAAUGCUAAUUGUGUUUGGAUAAUUGUGUUCAAAAAGAUAAAAUAAGUCAGCUUUUUUUCAUAGAUAUAAUACCAUGUUAUAUAAAAUGCAUGCUCAAACUGUUUAAGAAGGAUUGGGACAACAAUCUCUACAAGGGUCAUCUCUUUCUAAUGUAAAGGGAUCCUGCAGCUAAAUCCGAAUUUCUUGUACAUACUUUAAAAGAAAAAAAAAAAAAAGAAAACAUCAAAUACGCCCAAACUGUACUUACUGCCAUCUAGUCUCUGUACGCUCUCCAGAAAAUGCAGAAUGCUACCUGUGUAAGCUUGCCUAAAUAGGUAACUAAAUCUGUCCAAAAAUGUUUUGCAGUAAUUGUCAAUAAAGCCUAGAUUGUUUUUUAUGAAA